AUUAGCGCGAACAUGCGUGCGAGGGGAGACGGCGGCACCUCGUUCUAUGCAGAAUACAGAAGUCUGAACAUAUCAUCCCCUCCUUACACCUCAUUCUCCUCCCCCUUAUCCCUGCCCGAGCCCGAGCGCGCGCAGACACUCCCGUCAGUGCGACCUCCACCGCCCACCCUGGAGCCGUCAUCAUAGCACACGAUGGGCAGCUGGAGCAACGGUGCCGCCGCCGCGGGCGGCGCAGCGGCAGCGGGUCCAACUAGGCCGACAACCUCCAGCAAGUUCUCCGGCCUGCUCCGCUCCGCCGGCCGCAAGAGCAGCGAGAACCUGCGGAGAAAGCUGGGUAAGAAUCCCUCGCAGCCCUCUCUGCAUAGCGAUCAUGCACAGCAGCACUACUUGUACCACGACGGCAGCGGCGACGCAGCGGGAGCCCCGCCGCCCGUACCCGGCGUGCCCGCCCACCUUUCCCAAUGGCACCACUCGCAGUCCCAGCUUAGCCUCCACUCAGCCCACGGCAGCGACCCCUCCAACAGGCUGAGCUUGAGCGGCAGCGUUCGCGUCGCGGGAGGCGGCGGUGUCAACCGCAACAAGGCCCUGCCGCCUGUCGCGCCGUCGUCGCGUGCCUCGCGCCGCUCAUCGGAAGUCGAAGACGGUGCCAGCAGCGGCGCGGCGGGCCAGCCUGCGCCGAGCCUCAGCCUCCGCACCUCGCGCCCCAGCUCAACCGGCUCCCUGCGCAGGCCUGCGCCUCAGUACAACGAGAGCGAGUUCGUCGCCCCUGCCAGUGACUCGGACGCAGCGCGUGGCAAGGCCGCGCGCGUAAACGGCGGUGCCGGUGCGGCCGCAACAGACCAACGCGAGUCGGACGCAGUGCCGCCCAUGCUGUCCGAGAGCGUCCUGCGCCAGCUGUCCGAGGCACAGCAGUCGCUCAACAACUGCCAACUGCAGCAGCAGCAGCAAACCGGCUCGAUGCGCUCCGGCGCGCCGAGCGACACGGCAAGCGGCAAGCGGCGCAAGAGGCUCUCCAUCAGCUCGCUCAGCCAGCGCGCCGGCCAUACCAAUGGUAUUGCCAGCACUAAAGGCAUCUCCAGCACUAACAGCAGUGCCGGCGUGCAACAGCUCUCCCACAACAAUCGCUCCACCGUCAUCAGUGGCGGCGGUCACAACAGUGCCGGCAGGGGCGACGGCAACACGAUCGCGCAGCUCUAUGCCGUCUUCGGCCUCCCGAAGGACCCGUCCGUUUGGACGCUCGCAGAGGAAGACUGCGUCAACGGUGUCCACCACGUUGACGGCGCCGUCGGCCGCUUCUGGCGGCCCGAGGUGCUCGGUUGCUCCAUCUGCCCGUCGCCGUCAGAGGUGCUCGCGUCCGAUGAGGCUGGGGGCCAUAACAUCAACACCAAUAGCAGCAGCAGUAGUAGCAGUAGCAGCAGUCGACCCGGCAGCUCCCGUGGUGGCGCGGGCGACAAAAGGUCGCAGCAACACCAACACGACGCAAAUGGCCGCAGCAACAAGCCGGUCAACCCCAAGUUCCUUGAGAUGGCCGACGGCAUGGGCGGCAUCGAAAAGGCCGAGACGGCGCGCGUGCUCUCCAAAGCGCUCAAGCUCUCCUUCACCCGCGAAAUCGAGAUCAUCUCUGGACACGCCAGCUACCCGCCCAUGUCGACCACACACACGUUCAGCUUCAGCGUGCCCACCAUCCGCACCGGUCCGUCCGCCGGCGCGCCCGGCGCCAACGGCAGCGUCCUCGGUGUCUCGGUGCAGAACAAGACCGGCUCCAGCAGCAACGGCGUCGGCGAGGGCUUCAAGGGUGGCAGCGGCCUUGGCCUCCACCGCGGCGGCUACAGCUACAGCAGCGGUUGCGCUGGACCGGGCGGCGGUGACGACGACAGCACAUCAUCGGCCACGUUCUACGGCGUCGUCCUCACCGUCUGGAGCGCCGCAGACGAAAAGCGCACGCGCGCCAUCAAGCGAGAGCUCCAGCGCGCGCUCAGGCAGCGCAACGGAAGCGCCAUCAGCGAACCUGCGAGCAAGCGCAACAGCAGCGCCGCCAAACAGCAGAAGCAGCAGCGCGGUGGCUUCUGCGGCGCCGAGUCGGAGGACUAUUCCGCCAACGAGGACGAUCCGACCGGCGAAGGGUUCAGUCUGUUGCCAGCCAACAAUGCGUUCUUCAUGCCGUACGCGAUCUGCAUCGUCUCGCGCUUCCCGAUUUACAACUUGCUCCGUGACCUCGACACCGCCGCGUGGGGGCGCUACAGCCGCAACAUCGAGAAGCACAACCAGACCAUGUCGGCUAUCCUGCGUCACCCAGCGCCGCGCAUCGGUGAGACAUUCAAUAUCCAAUCGCCGGACGAGGACGUGGACUUUGUCUGCACCUUUCCCGGCGCGCUCGAGUGGGGGCGCGGCCUCAUCGGGAUCGACUUUGCCAUGUGGCCACUGUUCAAGACGCUCUCCGUUGACAACAUCCUCACCAUCUGUGAGCACGCGCUCGUGCCCACCGGCCGCGUCCUCUUUUAUUCGCGCCAUCCGGCCCUGCUGGGCGUUGCCGUCGAGACGAUCAAGUACCUCGUCGAGCUGCGCGGGUGGAAGGGCGUCUCCAACCAGAUCUGUCACGCGCGCGACGUCAAGAUCUACCUCGAGGACCCCGGCUCGUGGAUCAUUGCGAUCAACACUGAGCUCCGCAGCAUCGUCCGCCCCGCCAAGCAGGUCUGCGUCGUUGACCUCGACAUCAACUUCGUCAACUGCCCCAACCCGCCGCCUGGCGUGCCGUCUACCAAGGGCCUUCGCGAGCGCAGGCGCAAGCGCCUCCAGGGCGUCUUUGGCUCCCUCGCGCCAGAGUACAUGCCCCCGCGCGAAUUCAUCGAGGCCUACCCCGGCGGGCGCUUCCGCCCGCUGAGCAACAUCUCUUCGCGCACCACGCAAAGCCCGUACGACCGGCUCGACCCGCCCAUCUGGUGGGACCAGGGUACCAUCGUCAGCGCUUUCGAUAAGGCGCUCCAGGAGACGUCGCGCUCGAGCUUCAUGCAGAAGGUUCUCAAGCGCUCCGCCGUCAAGCACCGCCUCCAAUCGCAGGCGGAGCUCGACACGAUUCUCGCGCUCCGCAGACGUGCCAGCACCUUCGUCGACGCGCGCGACGGCCUCGAGAAUAAGAUUGGCCGCCUCAACAAGCGCCUCGCUUUCCUCUUGAGCGAGAGCGACAUGUGGAAGAUGCAGUUCGAGAAGAUCCAGCAGCUCGUCGACCGCCUGACCAAGGAGGCCACCGACCUUCGCAUAAAGGUCGACCGCGAAAGAAGAGAGUCUCGCCGUCUUAGUAGCACGCUCGCCCAGAGGGACAUGGAGCAGGUCCAGCUCCAGAUCCAACUCAAGGAGACCGAGGCGGCUCGCGAAAAGGCCAAGGCAGACCUCGCGCGCAUGCAGACCGCCAUGGAGUCGCUCGAGGCAGAGAGGGAGAGUAUGAUGGACGAGAUCCGCAACGUCCUUGCGGGCACCGGCGAGGACCUCGCCUUCCUCUCGCGCUUCUCGCUGCUCUCCGAAAGCAACUCGCGCUCCAGCAGUCCGUCCGGCAGCGCCAUGACCCACGGCUCCAACCUGAGCCCCUCGCAAUCGGCCGACUAUAUCGCAAAGAGCCGUGCACUCGCCGAGCAGCGUCUGGCCAUGCAUGGCGGCAAGUUCUCCAGUCUCUCCUCGGCCCACAGUCACGCUAGUAGCGAUGCAGUUCACAAGACAAGCAUACACCGAAUUCGUAGCACGGACAAUAUCAAGGACGAGACUCGAUCCGCGCAGAAUCACUUCCCUGAUGACCAGAUGAAUUAUGAAAUUCAACAACGCACAUCGGUCGUCACGAGCCAGAUCAGCAAGAUCCAGCAGCAGCUCGAAAGCACGCUUUCUAACCUGGAAGGCAGGAGGUCCAGUAUGAACGAGCGUGGCGCUCGUCGCCGCGGGUCAUCCUCCUCCAUCAGCAGUCGCUACGAAUACAGCAGCACCCCACUGCGCGAUGGCAGUGCCUCCAGCAUUGGCCAUGCAUCUGGCUCUGUCGCUGGCGACAAGGCAGAGGCCAAGUACGACGCGGUCGAGUCCAUAUCGGGGCAAAAGGGAAGAGAUGGUCUGCCGCCGAAGAACGCACGGCGUACCGGUACCGCUUUGGAGGUUGGUUCGAUCGGUCGCUCCGCGGUUCCCCCGUCCGUCAAGUCGCCUCCACGACAGAAGGAGCCUGAGAACGCCUGGAAGGAGCUUGCCAACACACCCAAGAGCGGCAUGGCCAUGUCUCCCGCUGAUUCAAAGGACUCGCUCGGCAAUAACUUCAACCCCAUUGCCCGUUCCAAUGGUCGUGCUCCUUUUGACAAGGGCAAAGGUCGCACAGUCGAGUCCGGCAGCGAGUCGGAUGGCGGACAGCAAGCGGCCAGCAAGUCAUCGGCUCCUACGUCGCCAAGCGAUGCACCUGCUUCACAAUACACUUCCACCCCUCCUACCACGGUCGCCGGAACCAGCGACUUUGACACCUGGUCCAGCACGGGAAAGUAGAGUCAAUCGACACGCGCCACCGCAUACGUCUCUACUGAAUUAUUCCCUGCUCGACCUUCGCCUCCCACCUGUACUCUACUCUGCCUCAAGCAUCUCCCUUUCUCAACUCGUGGGACGGAUAUCUAUCGCGUCACCCGAGGAUCACACAUCACAGCCGGUUCUUACAUGCUGACUUCACAUACCCCUGGCCGUAUGGUCUUGUAACGGAGGUCCUUUCAUCUUAAUUGCACUGUAGAUUUUUGCCUUCC